CUUCCUGCCUUUCUCUUGCUCCGACGCCAGCCACACACCACCCGUUCCUAUUAUUCAUCGCCAAUCCCUCCCCCAUCCCCCGAAAAACCUCGGACCCGUCAAUUCUUAAUCCCACCUGUUAAUUCUUUCGUCACCGUCAGGCGAUCCCUCAACUUCCUCAACCAACAACACACCUCCCUUUGUCUGAUUCUACAGACGCAACACUGAGCACACGGGAUUAAAGCGACACACCCAUACACACACAAACCUACAAACACACGCACACAUCGCCGCCCACGAUGAAUGCCCCGAGGAUACUCAGCAGGGUGGCGUUCCGCCGUUCCUGCACAGCUCUGCAGUGCGCUUCCGCUCGCCGCGCCUACGGCAGCCCGUCGUUCCAGUCGUACCCUCUUUACACCAACAACAACACGCCUCCCCCGGCACGGGGCGACGGCAUCAUCCCCGAGAGCCCGAUCGCGUCGCCGGGUCCGCUGCCGAAGGUCAACGAGACGAGACCGCCCAAGAUUUCCUCGCAGAUGGCGUCCUCCCACCAGUCCCCGACACCGAGCUCCCCGUCUACCUCGCAGUCCUCGACGACGACGAUGACAUCAACAACAGCAAACACUUUCACAGCAACGACGCAGGCCGCCGCCGCCGCCCCGGCGACGUCAUCGGCAUCGCCGGCAGCACAGGCGACCAAGCCGGCGGCGCGACCGCAACGCAAGCUCCGGGCGCGCAAGGCGGCGAUGAAGCUGUCGCCGUCAGCGGUGGAGCAGCUGCGCGCGCUGCUGGACCAGCCGGAGCCGAAGCUGAUCAAGGUCGGCGUGCGGAACCGCGGGUGCUCGGGCCUGGCGUACCACCUCGAGUACGUCGACAAGCCUGGCAGCUUCGACGAGGAGGUGGUGCAGGACGGCGUCAAGGUGCUGAUCGACAGUAAGGCGCUGUUCAGCAUCAUCGGCAGCGAGAUGGAUUGGGUCGAGGACAAGCUCAGCCAGCGGUUCGUCUUCAAGAACCCUAACAUCAAGGAGGAAUGCGGUUGCGGCGAGUCUUUCAUGGUAUGAGA